GUGAGGCAUAGUGUGGAUGCCUCACUGGGGAGGUAGGAGGAGCAUAAUAAAUCUCAGCAGCCUCCAAGCAUGUGAUGUGCUUCUUAGUGAUAAGGGUAUAAAAGCUAGAGUUCCCUAAAAGGGGCCCUUCACACGAAAUGCUGCACUCUGACACCACACUGGAGUAUAUGGUGCUUUCACCCACCCUGAGGUUGUAACGCCAGCAGGAGGCAGACCAUGGACAGUGGUAAACAGGUGAAGGUGAUGGUUGUUUUGAGUCUUCCCUUCAUUUUCCAGCUGUGCACAGGCAACAAUGUCACUGACUACUAUGACUCCAACGUCACUGUCGAUUACAACAUGUUCGAGACUCUCUGCGAGAAGGCCGAGGUCCGGAGCUUCCGUGCCGCAUUCCUCCCAGCUAUGUACUCACUCAUCUGCUUCGUUGGGCUGGUGGGGAACGGGCUGGUGAUGCUGACCUACAUCUACUUCAAGAGGCUUAAGACGAUGACCGAUGUCUACCUGCUGAACCUGGCCUUGGCGGACAUCCUCUUCCUGCUGACGCUCCCCUUCUGGGUCACGAGCGCAGCCAAGCACUGGCUCUUUGGGGAGUUUGCCUGCAAAGCCGUCUACUGCAUCUGCAAGAUGAGCUUCUUCAGUGGAAUGCUGCUGCUCCUGGCCAUCAGCAUUGACAGGUACUUCUCCAUCGUCCAGGCCGCCUCUGCCCACCGUCUCCGCUCCCGCAUGAUCUUCAUCAGCAAGGUCACAUGCUUCUCCAUCUGGAUCCUGGCCUUUGUCCUCUCCAUCCCAGAACUGGUCCACAGUGGAGUGAACUCAUCCGAGAGCCCCCGCUGCUCCAUCAUCACCACCACCGACUUGCACAAGUUCGACACUGGCAUCAAAGUGUCCCAGAUGGUCUUUGGCUUCCUAGUACCCCUGUUGGUCAUGUCCUUCUGCUACUUUGUCAUCAUCAAGACCUUGCUCCAGGCCCGUAACUUUGAGAAGAACAAGGCCAUCAAGGUCAUCAUCGUUGUGGUGAUAGUCUUCAUCGUCUUCCAGCUGCCUUACAAUGGCGUCAUGUUAGCCAAGACAAUCUCAGCUUUCAACAAUACUGACAGCCUGUGCGAGAAGAGUAAGCAGCUUGACGUGGCAGACGAUGUGACCUACACUCUGGCCUGCUUCCGCUGCUGUCUCAACCCCUUCCUCUAUGCCUUCAUUGGCGUCAAGUUCCGCAACGACCUCUUCAAGCUUCUCAAGGAGCUGGGUUGCCUGAGCCAGGAGCGGCUCUGGCAUCUGUCAACUUGCAGGGAGAACAGGCGGUUCUCCUUUGCUAUGGAGACCGAGACAACCACCACUUUCUCACCGUGAAGAGUGUUCUGUGUCUGCUUUGACUGGGCCACGGCUGGGGUAUUCCUGCAUCUUGCAGCCCUCUUGAAUUACUCAUUUGCGCAGGGCCAGCCUCACCUUGGCCAGAGAGCUGUAUCAGUGCAGAACAAAACCUAUUAACUUCCCCACAUUUCAGGAAAUCCAGGUAGGUGGGAGAGACUCGGCUAAGGCUACAACAAAGUACUAAGCUGGGGAGCAAUUAGACCUUGUGUUAAUUGUUCCAUUUCUCCUCAGUUCCAUUUGGGCAUCAUUCCUCAUUGUUCCAAUGUAAAAACUUUGUGUUACAGCUGAGCUCUGCGGAGCACCUCCUUGCUUUAAUGCCGCGUUUAACAAGACUGCAUUUUGCUCUUUCUUACACAAACAAACUUUGUAGCACUGAUCCAGCUAGUAAGACAGAACGGGACUAAGUGUGCCUCAAACUCCAAGUGCAGCACAAUACAUGGUAUAAGCUAGCAUUCACUUCUGAUUCUUGAUUAGGCUUCAGUUGCUUGAAUGCUGGAAUGAAUCAGUAUCCCUAGCAUGCCACUCCCAGUUCCCUCCUCCCCACUCCAAAAGUCACAUUUGCAUAAUUAACCCUAAAACUACAGAUUUUUUAAAUGAGUAAGUUUGGUAACAGUCCCUGUUAAUGCAAAAUCUCGAAAGUUUGUUGGGGGAAACAAUGGCUUUCAAUUCACGUUGCUUGCGCUGGGAUUUUGGCUUUCACCUAUAAAGUUCCAUCUGGUUUAGGGCAGGGGUUCUCAAACUGGGGGCAGGCCCCCUUGGGGUCACGAGGUUAUUACAUGGGGGGUUGCGAGCUGUCAGCCUCCACCCCAAAUCCCGCUUUGCCUCCAGCACUUAUAAUGGUGUUAAAUAUAUUUAAAAGUGUUUCUAAUGUAUAAGGGGGGGUCGCACUCAGAGGUUCGCUGUGUGAAAAGGGGUCACCAGUACAAAAGUCUGAGAACCCCUGAUUUAGGGCUUGUGCGUUAUGGGAGGCAGCCUCUUCAUUAUGGCAGUGGAUUAAGCUAAACUGCACCAAGGCCACUUCAGUACUGAAUGGGAGGGUUUGUUUACAAGGGGACACUCCAGAUAAAUAAUCCAAAUUAACUAAGGGUGUGAAUUUAAAGUGGAUUAGUUAAACCACAUUAAAUCCCUGUGUGGACACUUCAAAUUAAGGCCACUUUAAUUCUGAUUUAAUUAAUUAAUGAAGUAGGACUAAUGUGCUUUAAAUUCACACCUUUAGUUAAUUUGGAUUUACUUUCCUGAGUGUCCCUGUGUAGACAUGCCCUCGAUGCUUGUAAACUGCCAGUUGAGAAUAUCUGGGGCAUUACUGCAUGAUCCUGAAAAUGGCAGAGUACUCUGGCCCCAAUCUAGCAUAAUACUUGAGCAUAUACUUAAUUUUAAGCACUUGGAUAGUCCCCAGCCCCUGCCGCCCCAGUGAAGUCAAACAGGAUUACUCACAUGCUUGACUUUACCACACGUGGAAUAGGCAUUUUGCUGGACUGGGCCAAAGUUCUGAGCAGGAACGAGUCUAGGGCCCUGUAGCUCUAUAAUAUAUUUCUCAGUGGAAGGCUCUCAUCUGCCCUUGGUUUGACAGCUCACAUAUGCCAAUCUUUGGUGCCUGUCAGAAAGGCUGCUCAGGCUUUUCAUGAGCUGGGAGGCAGGUUUUCCUCAAGGAGGCGCGUUCUUUAUUCUCACUUGCUGACCUCAGUUUAAUAGAGGACCAUGUGGAUAUGAGUUCCCCACCCAACCUCACUUUUCCCUCGGAGAAGCUGUAACGGGUGCCUUUUGAUAAAGCAAGGGAAAAUUUAAAAAAUAAACCUCCAUAAACUCCUGAAAGCACAUCCUACAUUCAUACAGUCGGGCGUAUUAAUGGUGCUCUUUGUUACAGUUUGAUUUGAGAGUGACAGCCAGCCAUGUGGCUGUGGCAGCUGAGCAACAGAUUACUGUCAUGUAAACUAAGGCAUGGAAAAGAAGCCCAGAGUGUAAUGCCAGUUGGUGCAUUUAGUGGAAACCUGAAGGACUCUUGUGGAGGAACAUCCUGGGAAUUGCUGUCAUAGGAUGGCUGAAUAUCAAUUGAGUAGGAGUCUCCGUAAUUCAAUCUGCCAUUGCAGCUGUUCUGACUACAGAGCUGUAAUCACUAAAGCACACAGACACAGGUCUCCCUUGAACCAGAUACCAAGGGCAAAAGGUCCUGGCAUUAUCCCAGUGUCUGUGGCAGGGGCCAUCCAAGUGACACCGAAGGAAGCUCUUAACUCCCAUCCUCUUGCCACACUAAACACAAAUUCUGUCCUCCCUGGCAAGAUGCCACACAGCCUCUAGCGGAUCCUUCUUCACCUGCUACACAAUAGUCCACUAUAAAAAUAACCCUUUUGAAAGCUUUUGGUCGGGAGCAAGAGAUUCCAGUAAAUGAUACACGGCACUAAAGGAGAAAACAAAUUCUCCUAUCUGAUCGUUGAUAGUGUUCUGUGGUGCCCAUAUCUCUUGCCUAAUGAGCGCUGCUUUCUUAGUAGCCGUAAGUAAUGGGGGCUGUGAAUUGACACACUGGAUAUUUAGUAUUUUUUGGUUUGAUCCGGCACUCCUUAUUCAGGAAAGCUACCAAUCAUGUCUCAAUGUGUUUGUCAGCACAAGGAAUCAUCUAAUACAGGGUCUUAUUGUGGCGCAUCAAUAUGAUAGACUUGUACUGUAUACUCAGACGUAUAAAGUUGCUAUAUGUAGAACAAGAAAGGUGAAUUUGUACAUGAAUAUAUUCUGUAAGGCUGUACUGCCUAGAAACAAGGUUUGUCUGUACCAGGGGUCGGCAACCUUUCAGAAGUGCUGUACCAGGACUUCAUUUAUUCACUCUGAUUUAAGGUUUCUCAUGCCAGUAAUACAUUUAACGUUUUUAGAAGGUCUCUUUCUAUAAGUUUGUAAUAUAGAACUAAACUAAACUAUUGUUGUAUGUAAAGUAAAUAAGGUUUUUAAAAUGUUUAAGAAGCUUUUUUAAAAAUUAAAUUAAAAUGCAGAGCCCCCUGGACCGGUGGCCAGGACCCAGGCAGUGUGAGUACCACUGAAAACAGCUCGCAUGCCGCUUUCGGCACCCGUGCCAUAGGUUGCCUACCCUUGUUCUAUACAAACAGUUCACUUAUGGGAUCCUGGGGUGUGAAUCUUCCCUGCACUAAUCUGUUGGGGACUAAUUUGUUCAAGUACACUCUGCUGAUUUGCAUUAACAGUUUGUUAAUAGGCUUUGAUCUAAUCCUCUUUGAAAUGGGACUAGAUCAAAGCACAUUAACAAAUGGUUAACAGGCACUAGCAAGGCACACGCCAACAGUCAGUCUGUGGCAGACAAGUUCUGGGUAGAGUCAGGCUGCAGCUUGCGGCGAACCGUGUGUGGAGACAAACUUUAAGCUUUAAGCUUUUUCUGGCCUAAACAUGUUCAAGUGAAUUAAUUUUUCAUUUAAAAAAAAAACACCUAUUUCACCAAGAAAAUGCAAUUGUAAUUUUAUCAAGUCUUAGAAGAACAACCUAUGAAUGACCAUAUGGGGUCAAACCAAUGGUCCAUCUAGCCCAGUGGCCAGUGCCAGAGGGAGUGACCAGAACAGCAAUUGAGCGAGCCAUCCUCUGUCAUCCAGUCCCAGCUUCUUGCAGUUGGAGGUCUAUGGAAACCCAGGGCAUGGGGUUGCGUCCCUGACCAUCUUGGCUAAUAGCCACUGAUGGACCUAGCCUCCAUGAACUUGUCUAAUUCUUUUUUGAGCCCAGUUAUAUUUUGGCUGUCACAACAGUCCCUGAUAUGAGUGCCACAGGUUGACUGCAUUGUGUGAAGAAAUACUACUACUUAUUUGUUUGAAACCUACAUCCUAUUUAUUAAUUAAUUUGUGUUAAGUGAAGGGGUAAAUAACACUUCCCUAUUCACUUUCUCCACACCAGUCAUGAUUUUAUAGACCUCUAUCAUAUCCCCUCUUAGUCAUCUCUUUUCCAUGCUGACUGGGCCCAGUCUUUUUCAUCUCCCCUCCUAUGAAAGCCAUUCCAUACCCAUUCUCAUCUUAUUGCCCUUCUUUGUACUUUUUCCAGUUCUAAUAUAUGUUUUUUGAGACGUGGCAAUCAGAACGGCACAUAGUAUUCAAGUUGUGCGCAUACCAGGGUUUAUAGAGUGGCAAUAUGGUAUUUUCUGACUUAUCUAUCCUUUUCCUAAUGGCUCCAGACAUUGUUCGCUUUUUUGACUGCCACUGCAUGUUGAGUAGAUGUUUUCAGAGAACUAUUCAUAAUGCCAAGAUCUCGCUCUUGAGUGGUAACGGCCAAUUUAGACCCCACUUAUUUUGUAUCUAUGGUUGGGAUUAUGUUUUCCAGUGUGCAUUACCUUGUAUUUAUCAACUCGGAAUUUCCAUCUGCUAGUUUCCUGAUCAGUUUUGUGAAAUCCCUUUGUAGCUCUUCACAUCAGCUUUAGACUUAACUCUGAGUAAUUUUGUAUCACCUGCAGACUUUGCCAUCUCAUUGUUUACUCGUUGAAUGUAUGUUGAACAGCACUGGUCCCAGUACAGACCCUUAUGGGGCCCCACUAUCUACCUCUUUCCAUUGUGAAAACUGACCAGGUAUUCCUACUGUUUGCUUCCUAUCUUUUAUCCAGUUAUCCCAUGACUCUGUACUUUGCUUAAGACCCUUUAUUGAGGGACCUUGUCAAAAGGCUUUCUGAAAGGUCAACUACCCUGUAUCCACUCGAUUGCCCUCGUCCGCAUGUUUGUGAACACCCUCAAAGAAUUCUAGUAGAUUUGUAGAGGAAAAUCCUGCCUCAAAGCCAUGUUGAUUCUCAAUCCUCAUUCCAGCCUCUCAAAUAAGGAGACACUUCCAGCCUUUAUGGCAUCAGUGCCUACAUUACAGACUGUUAAAGGAAUACUAACAGAAUGCUGGGUAAAGUUACACAUAAAUUAUGUAGAUACAGAAGAGCCAGAUACUUCAACAUUUGGCCCAAGAUUUUUUGAAAGUUUGAGGCCUUAAGUUAGGCUCUAAGUCCACAUUAGGCAUUUGAUAAGUCAGGCCAUGUGUCUAGCCCUCAUAACGCUGAGUAAUACAGGGCUCUUCAGUCUACCAGACAAAGGUCUAACAAGAUUCAAGGGCUGGAUGUUGAAGCUAGACAAAUUUAGACUGGAACUAAGCUGUACAUUUUUGAGAGAGAGAGAAAUUAACCACUGGAUCAACUCAUCAAGGACUAUGGUGGAUUCUCCAUCAUUGGACAUUUUUACAUCAAGACUGGAUUUUGCUUCUAAAAGAUCUGCUCUGUUUCAAAGAGGAAUUACGCAGGUGAGUCCUGUGGCCUCUGUCACACUAGGUCAGGGGUUCUCAAGCUUCACUGUGCUGCAAACCCCUUCUGACAACAAAUCACUCCAUGACCCCAGAAGGGGGGAUCAAAGCCAAGAUCACCUAAGCCCUGUCACCCCAGGUGGCGGGGCCAAAGGCCAAGGGUUUCAGCCUAGGCAGGGAGCCUGUAACCUGAGCCCCAAUGCCCAGGACUUCAGCUUUGGCCCCGGGUGGGGGGCUUGGGCUUUGGCCCCAAGCCCCAUCAAGUCUAAGACAGCCAUGGCGACCACAUUAAAACAGGGUUGUGACUCACUUUGGGAUCCUGACCCAUAGUUUGAGAGCCGCUGCACUAGGUGAUCAAAGUGGCGCUUUCUGACUCGAGAUUCUUAAGAAUCAAAUGCACCUUCCAUAGAAGAUACUGUUGAUGUCAGUGUACCUAGUCCCACAAAAACAAGCCACUUACUUAGGUGUCUAAUAUUGACUCAGAAGCCUAACUUUAGGGCCCCGAUAGAAUCACAGCAAUGUCAGGCUGAAAAGGACCUCAGGAGAUUCUCUAGUCCAUUCCCCACACUGGGGCAGGCUUAAAUCUACCUGUCCUGCCCUGCCCAGCCCAGCCCUAACAGAUGUUUUUACUAACCUGUUCUUAACCAUGUUUUAAACUGAAAACUGAGACUGUCAAGAUGAGUUUUUGCUGGUGGUGCAAAAAGUAACAUUUACCGUUAACUGAAAAAAGACACCUUUUUUCCCACCACUAGUAUAUUUUCCAUUACGUGAAGCUUGUACGGAUCAUAAAGGUUAAUGUUUGAUCCAUCUAGUCCUCUAGAGGGAUGGUUGUUGGUUCAUUUCCUUUGCCCAGCAUAGCUUCACAUCAAUAUUACCCUAUAGAAAAGGGUGUGUAAAAUAUCCUUAAUUGGGAAUUGAUCUGGAGAUCUCAUUUUCCUUCACCUAUAGGUGAUAAAUACAGUAAAACAAAUUACCAGUGUAUUUUAAAUAGUGGUGUUUAUCCUUAUUCUAAUGCAUAACCCAUUUGCCUCAAUGCUGCUCAGUUACUGUGUAAAUCUGAUGUCUUUAUUACUGCUUACGUAAGAAGGUAUUUUGUACUGUUACUGAAUUUUUUUAUUAAAAAAACAGAUUUUUUAAUGAGAA